AUGAACGCUGAUGUUUUAUGGUGUUCAUUAAGUCUGUUGAGAGUCGGACGUCUGCCUCCAAGACAUGACGAGUGGUUUCAGCCUGGAGCCGCCGUCUGCAGCUCUACGUCAGCUCUACAUCAGCUCUACAUCAGCUCUACAUCAUCUCUACGUCAGCUCUACGUCAGCUCUACAUCAGCUCUACAUCAUCUCUACGUCAGCUCUACGUCAGCUCUACGUCAGCUCUACAUCAGCUCUAAAUCAGCUCUACGUCAGCUCUACAUCAGCUCUACGUUAGCUCUACAUCAGCUCUACGUCAGCUCUACGUCAGCUCUACGUCAGCUCUACGUCAGCUCUACAUCAGCUCUACAUCAGCUCUACAGCAUCUCUAACAUCAGCUCUACAUCAGCUCUAACAUCAUCUCUACAUCAGCUCUACGUCAGCUCUACGUCAGCUCUACAUCAGCUUUACGUCAGCUCUACAUCAGCUUUACGUCAGCUCUACAUCAGCUCUACGUCAGCUCUACAUCAGCUCUAA